AUGGAUGUUUCAAAAUUAUUCGGUGAAGUUAAAAAGAAAUAUGGAUUGCAAUUCGAUCUUAAAGAGCAUCAAAUUGAUACUAUAACUGCAUUGUUGGAUAAGAAUGAUGUUUCGUGUGUGCUUCCGACCGGCUACGGAAAAAGUUUGUGCUAUGUGCUGCCACCACUGCUUUUGGAUGAGGUUGAUGACACAGUGGAGCGGCAUAUUGCCCUGGUUAUAUCACCAUUACUGAGUUUGAUAUCUGAUCAAAAGGCACAUCUGGACAAGUUUGGAAUAAAAAGUAUGAUGGCGUCACAUGAACAUCAGAUCAACCUUUCGGAGAUUGGUAACACAUCGCUGAUAUUUACUACACCUGAAACACUACAAACGUCCGCCUUCAGGAAAAUUCUUGCAGCGAAGGAUUUUCAGAAGAGACUUUGUCUGCUUGCGUGUGACGAGGCACACUGUGUGUCCGAAUGGGGAGAAUCAUUCCGGCCUGAAUAUCGACAUAUAUCCUCGGUACGCAGUAUUGUUGACGUUCCUUUUCUUGCUGCUACGGCAACGGCGACGCAGAGAGUUCAAGAUGAUAUAAAGGAACAUCUACUACUGGCAGAUGAUCUUGUGACUGUCGCUGUUGUCCCUGAUAGACCCAGUAUCUUUCUGACAGUUGAAAAAUGCAGUGCUGACAAUGAAAAAGAACUUCAAUGGCUCCUGGACCUCUUAAAGGAAACUGACUUCAAGACCAAAACUGUUGUGUUUUGCAGGUCCUACAAUGCGGUGUCUUUGGUGUGGUCACAUAUAGUGGACAGUUUCAACAUUCAUCCAUCAAAUUCUCAGCUGCUAAAGGUGGAGAUGUUCCAUGCUUCAACUGACAGCAUAAAAAAAGAAAUGAUCAUUGACAGUUUCAAAAGCCCAGAGUCAUACGUGAGGGUCCUGGUGUCUACUGUGGCUUUUGGCAUGGGAAUGUCAGUCCCGGACAUCAACUUGGUGGUACACUGGGGCGCCCCGCACAAUGCCCUUUCAUACUGGCAAGAGGUUGGAAGGGCCGGGAGACUUGGCCAAAAUGCCAUAGCAGUUAUGAUGGCAUUCCCAAGGUCACUGAUGAAAACACUGACUUCCGAAGAUGUACGCGAAUGUGUUAAGGGAGAUGUCUGCAUCCGUAAAACUAUUUUGACCCGACUACUUGUAGACGGAAUGGAACAAAAAGACAUACCGACGACAACGCCGUGUGUCAGUUUAAGCUGUGAAAAAUGCUUUUGUGAAGCUUGUCUUUGUUGCUCGGUUUGUCUUGAAGCAUGCACAUGUGUGGGAAAGAUGAGCUCUCUGGAGAAACUUAGACUUCUGUAGUGCUUAAAUGUUAAACUUGUUGUCUUUCAAAGCUGUACUUGAUAUCUAUGUGGCGUUACUACAUUGACGCAUUUUUCAACACGAACGCACUUAAAUAUGUUGAUAUUUUA